GGCUUUUUUUCGCGCCAGAGCUUCCAACGACGCACGAGAUGAUGAUGCACAACAGCGAGAACACAGGUUCGUGGCGUGACGAGACGUGGUGACCCGCUGUCUGGCAAGAUGGUCAAGUAGCCGCUCCCAAGCAGUGGGGGUGGCGGACAGCCGCAGCAGGGCGUGGAGAUUUGUUCCCACGUCGCCGUCGAGAAGACAACGGCGUCAAGACACGUCAUUCGGCGUUUCCGACUGCCAGCGGAUCUGUGAGUGGUGGUGGUAACUGAGAGAGGCCACGUUGCCGUCCGUGUGCAGCACCCAGCGUCCCUCCCUCCCUCCCCUCCCUCCCCCCUGUGCGAUAUCCCGCAUGUCGAUGGGCCUGAGCUUCUCGUCAGGGGAGGCCACAGGCGCCCACCUCGAGCAGCCAGCCGUCGGCCGAGUGACAGACGACAUCCUCCCCUCCCCGCCUAACCACCUGACCAAGAACCACUCGACCCGCCCCCCGCUGUCCAACCAUCGCAAGCACCAGCACCUGCCCACCACACACGCGACCACCAACAACAACCACCGGCUGCUGCACACGUCGUCACGGUCACGCUCGAGGGCCAUCCAGAACCGCCCUCUACCCCCGUCGCGGCCUCUGCGUGCUCUGUCUGGCGAGAUGUGCAACGGCGUGGGCGGUUCGUCGUGCUCGUCGGUGGGCGACGGGGUGUGUGAGGAUGAGGAGCCGAUAUAUUUCCUGUGGGACCUGGACGAGACUUUGAUAACCUUCCAGUGUUUGCUGGCGGAGCAGCCGACGCUGAGGGAAAAAUACGGCAUCGAGACCAACGCGGGCGCCAUUAGGGGCAAAAUUAACGCGGUGAGGACCACUCAAGCAACAUGUGCACGGCACGGCACACGGAAAGGCACUGAAUGGCCCCUCUCCUCUCUCUCUGUCUGUCUGUCUGUCUGUGUGGUGUCAGUAUACGUUGAGUGAGUGUAUUUUGAGCAUAGCGGAACGUUACAUGGGUCUGAGUGAGAUCGAGCGGCUCGACCUCGUCCCGACAACCUGCCUGGAGUUCAGGGUGCGUUUGCACGCAACACACAGCCGGCCAAUCGACACACACACAGCAUAACAUGAAAUCGCGUCUGUGUGUGUGUGUGUGUGUGUGUGGUGUGCAGGCGUAUGAGGAGGACGGUGGCACAUCCGGUGGUGAGGAGCGGUUCAAUCAGUUCAUAUCACCCCCGCCCUGCCCCAAACUCGCAUCACUCACAGAGCAAAACAAAAAGUAAGCAGAAGCGGGCAGAUGCACUACACGGGAUGGGAUGUACCACACAUGGCACAUGUCCGUCCGUCUCUCCGUCCGUGUGUCUGUGUUGUGUGUCUGUGCCCAUGAGCAGGCAGCUCGCGCGGCUCUUCAAGGAGAUCCGUCGCGUCUACAGCGCCUACCCCAACGAGGUAAACCUGCCGGUCUUCCACCAGCUGCUGCCCGACAGGCAGCACUACCUCAUGGAGAAACACCUCAAGCAGACCACCAGUGCCAUCCCACCCAUACCCCCCUCGCCCACACCCAACACCCCCACCAACACCGGCAACGGCAGUGGCAAGGGCAAUCCUGCCGCCAGCAGCCCCACCACCCGCCCAAUCCAGCCGUCCAUCCGGCUGCCCAACGGGCUCAUUCCUGCGGUGUCUUCCUCCCGGCUGAUGACCAAACUCGCGCCCAAGGUCGCGGCGGACGGCCCUGCAGUGCAGCACGAGAGCGAGGACGAGGAGAUGGAGCCGGUGGAUGCGUCUGUGGUCGAUGGGGACGGCUGUGACGGCGACGGCUGUGACGGUGAUGGGUGCUGCGAGGGGGAUGGGUGCGAGGAGGGGGAGGCCAGCCGUGUGCCGAGGGAGCGGGGCCCCUCGCCGCCCCUCGACCUCGAUGCAGCCACGGGGCGGUCGGUCAAGCGGCGGCCGUCCCUUCCCGACUCCCAGAUCAAGAAGAGGCGCGUCGACGGCGACAAGAUGAUGGCCAUCAUGCCGGCCUCCCACGUCGUCGACCCCGAUGACGGCUGGGAGGACCCUUUCGCCCACACCCUCUCCCAUGAUGGGUGGAUCCACCAGGACGCUGAGUGUGUUGACGGUGACGAUGACGUCGAGGACGAGGGCGGCCCCAGCACCCCCGACGGCCCCGUCCCCCGCCUCAAGACAGACGUCUUCACCCCCCAGCACCGGCAGAAGGGCGCCGACUGCCCCCAGCGGCUGGCGACCGACUGCUCGAUGGCUGACAACGGCACAUCAGACGACAACCGGAGUUCCGAAGAUGGGGCCGGUGAUGCGAUGGAUGACGGCGGGAUGAAUCGGGUGCGGCUGCGUGCGGCCAUGAGGGCGCUGGGUGUGGGUGGGAAGGUGGUGUUGGGGGAGGAGCAGGGUGCGACGGCGCUGCUGGCGUCGCCCAAGGGUGCCGAUUUUCUUGAGAGGUGCACGACCAACGACCUCAUGACGCUCAUUCGCGCGGGGGACCUGACAGACGUCAAACUGCUCGUCGACUGGUGAGCAACGCCCCGCACACCCGUCAGAUGUUGUCUCUCAUGUGGUGUGGUGUUGUGCUGUGUCUGUCUCUCAGGAUCAACACGGUGUCCCGCGGCUGGAUGGACAACGCCCGUCGCGUGCUGACGACACUGACACGGCACUGCAAGGCCCCCGUGCGACACUACAUCGUGUCGGCGGGCCAGCUGCUGCCCACGGUUGUGAAGCUGUGUCUGUUCGGCCUCAAGGACCACUUCCCGAUCGAGCACGUCUACUCGUCGGCGGCCUACGGCAAGAAGGAGUGCUUCGAGCGCAUCCUGGCCGACAUCGUGCGCGAGCACAACCACCGGCGGCAGACCAAGGAGCGCCGGGGCGACAGCAGCGGGCGGUCGUGUGGCGGCGGCGGGGGCGCAAGUGUCGACUCCGCAUCCUCCGGACACAGCGACGUGAGUGAAACACAAACAGACAGACACGUCGAGCAGAGAGCGCCAUGAUUGUCAUCCCUUGUCCUGUGCCUGCCUGUGUGUGUUGGUGCGUCAGGUGUUGAAUGUUCGUGUGUGCGCGAUUGGUGACGGUAUUGAGGAGAGGGAGGCCGCUCACACUCUUGGAAUCGACUUCUAUGCGGUAAGGCAGCACGCCAGCUGCCCAACGACCGAUCUGCAGACACCUCACACCUUCAUGUGUGCUGUGUUGUGUUGUGUUGUGUGUCAGGUUGAGGGAUGGCAGGACCUCUACACCGUGCUGCGCGACUUCACCGGCCUCGAGCAAGCGGACCAUGAACAAGACAGACCAGGGUAGACAGACGAGCCUCGCCCGCCCCCUGGCCCCUCCCUCUGCCCCUUCUCGUAGAUCGGUGUUCCGUGAUCAUUAUUAUCAUUAUCAUUGUUAUAACCUCUUUGCUCGAUCGUCGACCCUUCCAUCCAUCCAUCCAUCCAGUCUUUAGGCACUAGAACGUCCACACUACUACUUGCGUAUUCGAGUGUCACAGAUCAACUGUCUGUCCGGCUGUCAGUUCUGCAUGAGAAGUGAAAUAUCAUGUGUGUGGGAGGGGGGGGGAGGGGGCCCUGGGGGCUAAGAGAGGUACUUACAGAGGGAUGGGUGGCUUGGGUAAAGGUGAAGGCGUACAUGCGAGCGUGUCCUGUGCUCUGACGGAUGCAAUGGACGGGCAUGCUGCUGCUCUCUGUGUCUGUGUGCCUGUGGGUGUGUUGGCGGGCCGGUGGGUGGGGUGCUCCUUGAUUGGUUUGUUGUUGCUUCGAUGGAAUGGAUGAUACGCACAUCCGCCCUGCUUGCCCACCGACCGACCCAUCUAUCCAUGCACUCAUCCAUCGCACACACGAAGGGACUCAUUUGUUUGUCUACUAAUCAUCGCGUCGCGUGCACUGAGUGUGGUUUUCUUACAGGGAAGCGGGAGGGAGAGGGAGGGGGAGGGGUACAUGUGUUGUUGAAAGAAUGGCGGGAUGGCUGUCAUUGCCUGAACAGCUCACCUCACCCACCCAGCCACCCACCGUCGAAUGUAUGUGUCGAUUUUGGCACGGCCCGGCCCGUCCCGUCUCACCGCACUACGCUACACCACACCACACACACACGGGGUAGGGAGGGAGAAAGAAAUACAGGCGUGUUUUCCUAGGGUGGGUGGGGGUGCUGAUAAGGUACACUACUGACUGAUAAGGUCAGGUACGUCACGUCACAACUACAGAAGUGGCUGUUUCCGUCGGUCUGUCUACUCAUCACGUGUCACGCGUCAAUCGACUGACUGAAGUACUUGGUUUGCACUAGUCGACUUGGGGGUACUUACGCAAAAACCGCGUGUGUGAACGAACGAGUGUGUGGUGCAGGUACAGGGCAGACAGACAGACAGGCAGGGACCAGGGCGUCCAUCCAUCCAUCCAUCCAUCCAUCCACUCAUUCACUCAAGUGCGUGUGUAAAAUAAAAGUUGGUGGUGGAAACGGUGGGUGUUUGUCCGUGGGGGCGGGGCGGGGGGAGUGGCAGCACUGCGGGCCACACACUGAUUUUUGGUUCUUUGCAAAGCAAGUACUGUUUUGAACUGCCGUGCCGGUGGUGUGGUGUCCACCUUGGCCUUCGCAUAGGUGCCCUGCUCUGUUUUUGCCUGCAGAGCGGCGGUGACGAUGUGCUGGCCGAGUAAGGACUCCGCUCCAACUCCCCUCCACACCCACACACGCCAUUGACUACAUGUCCGUUGCAAGGGAGAAUGUGACAGUGACACCACACCACACACACGGCACACCACACCGACCGCACCACCGCAUGCACUCGACUGACUCACCUCACCGCACACCUCGGACUUGUUUGUUCUGUGGCUGACGAACGGGGGAUAAGCUGGGCGGCUGGCGUGCGGCUAAGUUACCCUGUUGUCUUGCUACGCGCUGUGCUGUGUUGGGUGUUCCAUCUAGUGCACUCCCUGCACUGUGGUCCAUCUAAAGGGGCGGGCGUUGAUGCUGGGUUUAGGUGGUCGUGUGGGUGGGAGGCCGCGCGUGGCGGUGCUGCAUGGCAUAUGCGGGGGUGUGUGGACCAGUUUUGCACCUUCCAUGGUACUAUCGCUC